AUGAAUCAAAACACUGACAAUGAAAAAUCGAAGGAUGAUGAUUUGCAUGACAAUGGCGAUGACGACGAUGAUCAUGACGAUGAGGAUCAAGAAUUUGAUGAUGAAUCGACUGACGAUGAUGAGGCUGAUGACGAUCAUGAUGAUGAUGAUCAUGAAGAUGAAGAUGAUGAUCAUAAAGAGAAUGAAGAUGAUGAUUCGGGAGAUGAUGCAGAUGCUAAUGACUGGGAUGACGAUGAUGAUGAUAAUGAUGACUCGGAUGAUUUGAUUAGAUAA